UUGAAGUGGUAUUGGCAACAUGGCGGCCGGCGAUGGAGAAGAACCAGCAGUUACGAAACAACCUCAUUUAUCUAAACAAGAUCUAUCCACAUUAGAUAUAAAAGAAUUAACACCGCUGACACCAGAGGUCAUUAGCAGGCAAGCAACAAUUAAUAUCGGUACGAUCGGACACGUGGCGCAUGGCAAGUCGACGGUUGUCAAGGCGAUAUCGGGAGUGCAGACGGUUCGACACAAGCAGGAGCUAGAGAGAAACAUCACUAUCAAGCUCGGAUAUGCCAACGCAAAG